UUGUCAAAUUUCAUUCAUGUUGUUUAAUGUUUCAUAUAACAUGUCUAAUAUUAAGUGAAAAACUUUGGUAAAUUUGUAUGUGACUGAACACAGAAGAAAACAAAGUAGUUUUUUUCUUCUCUUGUAAAGUUUUCAAAAAUGUAGUUACGCCCUUAUUCCGUUGAACCCUCGAGUUGACCCAUUUAAACGAGCUAUACAUAUUCAAAUGUUUUUUUCUACCGCUUGGGUUGAAAUGCUAAACGUCGUUUUCAUGUUGAAAUUUAAUGACAGAAUAACAGAAAAGCUUUCCAAUAGUACUGGGGAUUUUAAUUUGUGAACUAGUCGGAAUAAUUUUAAGAUUUUCCAAUCAAGUGUUCAUUUUGCAUUGAAUUUGUAACUGGUCUUCGUAAUUCCUACGAAACUAUAGUUUGUCUAUCUAGUUAUGCCCCCCUUCGAAGAAGGAGGGGUAUAUUGUUUUGCAGAUGUUGGUUGGUCAGUCGGAAUGUAGACCAAUCCGUUUCCGGAUGAUAACUCAAGAACGCUUGGGCCUAGGAUCAUGAAAGUUGAUAUGGAGGUUGGUCAUCACCAGCAGAAUCUGAUGACCCCUAUUGAUUUUGAGGUCAGUAUGUCAAAGGUCAAGGUCACAGUUUCCCUGAACAGUAAAAUGGUUUCCGGAUGAUAACUCAAGAACACUUGGGCCUAGGAUCAUAAAAGUUGAUAGGGAGGUUGGUCAUCACCAGCAGAUGACCCCUAUUGAUUUUGAGGUCAUUAUGUCAAAGGUCAAGGUCACAGUGACCCUGAACAGUAAAACGGUUUCCGGAUGAUAACUCAAGAACGCUUGGGCCUAGGAUCAUGAAAGUUGAUAGGGAGGUUGGUCAUCACCAGCAGAUGACCCCUAUUGAUUUUGAGGUCAGUAUUUCAAAGGUCAAGGUCACAGUGACCCUGAACAGUAAAAUGGUUUCCGGAUGAUAACUCAAGAACACUUGGGCCUAGGAUCAUGAAAGUUGAUAGGGAGGUUGGUCAUCACCAGCAGAUGACCCCUAUUGAUUUUGAGAUCAUUAUGUCAAAGGUCAAGGUCACAGUGACCCUGAACAGUAAAACGGUUUCCAGAUGAUAACUCAAGAACGCUUAGGCCUAGGGUCUUGAAAGUUGAUAGGGAGGUUGGUCAUCACCAGCAAAUGACCCCUAUUGAUUUUGAGGUCAGUAUAUCAAAGGUCAAGGUCACAGUGACCUGGAACAGUAAAAUGGUUUCCAGGCAAUAACUCGAGAACGCUUCUGCCUAGUUUCAGGAAAAUUGAUAGGGAGGUUGGUCAUCACCAGCAGAUGACCCCUAUUGAUUUUGAGGUCAUUAGGUCAAAGGUCAAGGUCAUAUUGGCCAGGAACAGUUAAACGGUUUCUGAUUUCUUAUCCAAAACAAUAGGGCCUAGGGCUUUGGUAUUUGGUAUGUAGCAAAAUCUAAUGGUCCUCUACCAAGAUUGUUCAGAUUAUUUCCCUAGGGUCAAAUAUGGCCCCACCCCGUUUAUAUAGACUUAUAUAGGAAAAAACUUUGAAAAACCUCUUUUCCAAAACCACAGGGCCUAGGGCUUUGAUAUUUUGUAUAUGACAUCAUCUAAUGAUCCUCUACUAAGAUUGUUCAAAGUAUUCCCUUAGGGUCAGAUAUGGCUCCGCCCUGGGGGUCACUUGGUUUACAUAGACUUAUAUCUAUAGGUAAAAACUUUGAAAAUCUUCUUGUCCAAACCACAAAGACUAUGGCUUUGAUAUUUUGUAAUGUAGCACCAUUUAGUGGUUCUCUACCAAGUUUGUUCAAAUUAUCCCUCUAGGGUCAAAUAUGGCCCCACCCCAGGGGUCAUAUGGUUCAUAUAGACUUAUAUAGGGAAAAACUUAAAAUCUUCAUGUCCAUAUCUUACAUCAUUCAAAUUUGGACCACAUGUAUAGUUUUGAGUGGCAAGAUGAACCUUGACAUGAGUUGACCUUGAUCUUGACCUAGUGACCUACUUUCACAUUUUUGUAGCUACAGCCUUCAAAUUUGGACCACAUGCAUAGGUUUAUGUACCGAAAUAAACUUUGACAUUGACAUUGUCCUAGUGACCUACUUUCACAUUUUUGAAGGUACAGGCUUCAAAUUUGGACCACAUGCAUAGUUUUUUGUUCCAAAACCUUGAUUUUGACCUAGUGACCUACUUUCACAUUUCUCAAGCUACAGCCUUCAAAUUUGAAUAUUUUGACCUUGAGAUAGUUGUUAAAUUUAGAACAUUCACAAAUGGCUCAGUGGAUGGCGCCAAGAUCACUCUGUACUCUGUUGUUAGGUUAAUAGGUUAAAGGUCAAGGUCAGGUUGAACCAGAAUGGUAGAACUUUUGUUUACAGUGAGCAUAUAGUUUCUGUUUCUUGUGCAAUUACUGAAUGCAUCAAGGGGGGCAUUUCGUGUUCGACGAGCUCUUGUUUCUUUUUUAAUUCUCGGUUUUUGCCUUCAACGUUGGAUAUUUUCUCCUCAACAUUUCUUAUUGCUUUCAUUGCUGUUUCUAAAGUACAUAUAUUGUGUUAUAUAAUGAUUGCUUUAAACCAAUUAACUUUUCGUUUUGAUCUUGUAAGAAGACAUUUGUGCCUUUAAAAGUGGUUUAGCUGUGCAGAUGGACUCAGAUGUUAAGUGUUUUGUGAAUGAAAAAGCUUUUGUUGCUUGAUGACGUGGGUUUGAUUUUGAUGCCUGCAGUUUGAUCUGUUUAACAGCUGAUGUUUUCCUUCUUAAUUUAUUGGUCGUCCACUUAUCCCAAACAGAUUGCAGUUCUUUUUCUGGUAGAUUGUUUGUCUUGAGUACACUAUCAGGAAACCAUUUUUUAGUCUUUUUUACAUUGUUGACUGUAUUAAUUGUUAUGACAAUGUUUCUGAUUUAUUUUUCUAAAUUUAUCUAAAAUGAACAAACUUUCAGAAAGGGACUUUGAUGUCUCUUCAUUAUACACCCACAAACAAAGUUUUGGGGGAGGGGCGAUGUAUUUUGUGAAGAAGCUUUGAACCUUUCACGUUCCAUCUAAAUAACCAUAAUUCUGAAAUAUUUUGGUAUUGGUUUCCGCAUUAAAACAAUGAGAUGACUUAGUACUAGUGUUCAACUUGCAUUUCAAAUGUUUUUAUUUCACACUUAACUAUACUGCUAAUAAAAAUAAUAAUUUUAAAAUCUUGGAGGCCUGGACUUUUGUAAAACAAGCUAGAAAAAAAAUGUAAACAAGAGGGUCAUAAUGACCCUAUAUGGCUUACCUGUUAUCAUUGCACUUGGACAAGAAGGUCAAAAAAUCAUAAUCAAGGUCAAUCAAAAGAAUUAUGAGAAAAUAUAGUUGAAAUUUUCUUAAAAGUAAAAUUAUUUUCAAAUCAGGCCGGUAGUUUCAUACAAGAAGUUUUCUGUAUAGCCAUAUGAGAAAAUGAUUAUAAAUGUAUACAUGCUUUUAUAAUAAAAUAUAAAAUAACAGCAAACAUAAUAUAACUAAUUACAGUUUUUGUACAAAGAUAUCCCGGUGUCAUGACAUUAUGACGUCAUGAUGCCUUAACAAACUGGAUAUAAUUUGGUUAAAACCAUUAAAAGCACAUGAAAUAAAUAGAAAAUUUGUUUGUUUCAGUGUAAGAUUGAAAUAUAUUUCACUCCUGAACACUGUAAUAUACAUUUAUAAUUCGCUCUUACACUGAAACAAAGGAAUAUCCAAGAAUUAAUGAUAUUCAUACCUGUCUAAAUGGGGCACUCGAUUCGGCAGGACACACUCAGUUGCUGACAGGAAUAUACCAGAAGCAAGUCAAGUCAGGUAUUCUUUUCUCUGCUUGAAGAGUGCCAAAACACAUCCUUACAUUUAUAUCACCAUUGAAUGAUUCGAAAGGAAAGCAUGACUAGCCCCAAAGGGGCCCCUACUUUUUGAUGUGUGAUGUAACUUGUAAUAUGAGUAUUAGGUUGUGAAUGUUCAUACUCCUGAAGUUGAGGACAUACACGGCUGAAACUUUUUUUUUGUAAAUGCCUUAAGUAAACAUUCAGCUCUUUGAAGGUCGUCUCAAGCUAUACCUUCCCAAAGCAAUAUGUAAGUUGCUUCCACAAGACAACUGUAAUGUAUCAAACAUACAGUUGAAAGGCAACUUUUCAUACAAGGAAGGGAAAAGAAUAAGAGCCAGUUACGUAGCUCAGAUGCCUUUCAGUGUUGAUAUGUCUUGUGAACUGAUCUUGGUCUUCGAUGAAUAAAGUAGGGUGGUUGGAUCUUUUUCAGUACUCUGUCAACUUCCUUUAUUUUGUCCCCAAUAUACCAUGUCUUGUCGGAGUAUUUUCCUUCAAACCACAGCUCCAGUAGUUUUUUUGCUACACCUAAUAAAAUUCCAUGCAUGUAAUCAAUAACAACAUUUGAUGUCAUUGAAAAAUAGGGGAGAUGCAUGAACACAUUUUGCCCAUAAAAACCUUUUUGUCAGAUACCCAUUUCUCAGGCAGCAGUUGCACUCAGUGCUUGAGCUUGUUCUUCUGUAUGAAGAGGUUAAGGUUCAUCUUUGAAUGGAUAGGCUCUGCAGUGUCCAACACCACUUGCUGUUGUUUCACCUUUCUCUAAACAAUACAAGCAUCCAUAUUCCCCAUUAUGUUGGGUCAUAUUCAAAACAUAUGCCUGCGCCUGUAAAUCCAUCAUAGCAACAACAAGCAUAGCUCUAGAAACAACAUCUGUACCUACAAUGUUGAAUGCAAAACCAUUUUCAUACAGGUCUAUCAGAUCUUUAACAAGAGGUUUCAGGAACAAUCCCAUGUUUGGCUUCCAAACACCUUGCCAUGUACCCAAAAGAACCAUGUUUUUGUGCUGGAACCUUUCUUUUGGUGGAUUGAUGGGGAAAAUUUCAACAGAAGUAAGGUACGUGUUCUUCUUCAAAAAAAAAACCCUCUGAAAUACACACUUAUUACCCAAGUUUCUGAUUCAAAAAUUUCAGCACAGAUGUCCGCAGGUUUCUGCACAGUGUCUGCAGGUUUCCCAAAAAAUUGUCUGCAGGUUUCACACAAUUUUUUUAUGUCCAUAGGUUUCCGCAAACUAAAUAUUUCUACUCAAUUUUUCCGCACGUUUAUAUCUGGAUUUCCGCAAUUAUUUUCUUACAGAGGAAACAUUUUUCCGCAGUCUCAACUCGAUUUUUCCGCUAAAACUCUGUGGAAACGGAGUCAGAAUACUCCGCAAAAAAGCUGCAGUGAUUAUUUCGUUUUCCACAGAAAAACUUGGCAUUUUUUCAGCCGGGACGUAAGCUACAACAGAGAUCUGAGCUGGCAAGGAAUUGGUAAGCACUUUGAAGUUGCAACUUGAACAGUGCACAAGUGGCUGUUUGUAUUCAUUUGAAUCAAAUAUCUUGAAACAAACAGGUCACAAGACCUUUUUGAGUACUUGAACAGAUUGAAGCUGCAUCUGAAUUACUUGUUCCUGACAAAGGACAAGAACAACAAAGGGAAGAAAAAUAACAAAAAAGAAAAAAAAAAUUCUUACAAUGUACAGAUAUGUCAAAAUACACCUAAAAAUUGGAGGUACCAUCCAUGUUGUACCACAGAAAAGUGGUCUCGGUUUUUUCCUAAGGCCAAUAAUAAAAAAGACAAGGUCAAAUGAUGUGUUAGAUAUAACAAAUAGAACUAGAAUAAGAAUGUUAUAAAAGGAAAACUGAAAUGCACAACAAUAGAAAAGACGGGAACAGGUACAUCAGAGUGUGAACUUUGGUGGUAGCACUUUAGAAUUGAAACUUGCACAUACGCAGUCAUUUAAUUAAUGAUAUCCUGUAAUGUAAUAAGUUUUAUAAGCUUAGUACCGGAUGUAGAUGAACAAUUAAUUUUAUCAACUAGUCACAAAUAUCCAACUCUUUGUUGCAACUAUUCUAACUUGUAAUAGUCUUUCCCUUGGUUUUACAUUGUCACAUUCACAUCUUAUAUUUGGUUUUAAGCUCAAUAAUACAUUAGCACUACUAUGUCUCAGUGGUGGCCACAGCCCAUUUGGUGAUUCAAGAAGAGAUGGCAAAAACACAACACAUAAUACUAGACAAGUUCCUUUAUUAAAUGAUGAUAUUAUAGUAAAUAAAUAAUAAUCAUGAGUCUCUGUCUCUACAUAUGUAUUUAGAAGUUAAAUAGCAUAAGAUUUUAAUGAUAUAACUGUCUGAUAAAAAAGCACAAGUUGUAAAUUAAACAUUAGAAGUUCAUCAAUAUAAUUAUAUGUAUGAUUUUUUUCUUUAUUAAACAAAAUGCAGUAGGGAAGGAUUUACACAUCCUCUCUGCCCACAGACGGUCAAAACCCUGCAACUCGCUGAAACUGGAUGACCAGUCUAACGCAACUGAAUGGAAUUUGAAGAUAAGUUAUGUGCCAUGCCCUCCUUUUUAACUAAGUGAGUCCUCAAGGCACUAACAGAAUGGUUGAUUGUCUAUUUUCAGACCUUUGAGGUGGUAUUUUACACUAGCUUUUUUAGCUCGAUUAAACGAAGUAUAUGGAGAGCUAUCCUACUCACCUCAGCGUCAGUGUUGGUGCCUUUCCGUGUCCCCACCUUGGUUAAAGUUUUUUUUACACUUCCUCUUUUUUCUCCUUAUUUCUGUAAUUAAUUGAUGGAUUUGCUUUAAAUUUAAAAUAGUUAUUCCUGAUCAUCACCCACAUCAUAUGGCAUAAUAGCCAUAACUCUCACACCAACAUUUCAUGAAUUCCCCCCCCCCCCCCCCACCCCCUUUUUACUUAGAAUUUCAGAAAGAUUUGAUGCACUUUCACUCUAUCUCAGUUAUUCCAAAAUGAAUUUGAUUCAAACUGAAAGUAGUUGUUCCACAUCAUAUGACACAAGGCCCAUAACUCUGGUACCAGUAUUUAAUGAAUUAUCCCCCCUUUUACUUAGAAUUUCAGGUUAAAGUUUUGAUGCAUUUUCACUAUAUCUCAGUAAUUACUGUAUGGAUUUGAUUCAAACAGUUAUUCAUCAUCAUUACUCACAUCAUAUGACACAAGGGCCGUAACUCUUGCACCAAUAUUUCAUGAAUUAUCCCCCCUUUUUACUUAGAAUUUCAGGUUAAAGUUUUCAUACACUUUCACUCUAUAAAUGGAUUUUAUUCAAACUUAAAAUAGUUGUUCCACCUUAUCACCAACAUCAUAUGACACAAGGUGCAUAACUCUGACACCAAUAUUUCACGAAUUAUACCCCCUUUUACUUAGAAUUAUGUCUCCCACCACACAGUUAUUACGAAAUGCAUUUGAUUCAAACUUGAAGUAGUUGUUCCAGAUCAUCACCUACAUCAUAUGACAAAUGAAUUUUAUAGGUAGAUAAAAUUAUUUAUGUCAUUGUUGUACAUUUUGGGCGAAUCGGUCCUAUUCUGAAUUAUGUUAAUUUAUAUACUACGGUAAAAGCCAAUCAAUGAAUUCCUUUUAUCACGUGAUACCGUUGAACCAAUCGAGAAACGGCAUCUUCCUUCUUCGUCAGCAUUCAAGAGUGAAUAGCACGCUUCUUUCUUUAGUUUUAUUUUGGCUAAUUUCUGGUUUUAUCUUAAGUGAUUUGGUUGAAUAUCUAUGGUAAUCUAAUACACAACAUAUUUGUUAACAGUUACACUCUGGUUUACUGCAGUACGGAUGGGAUAUACUUGUAAAUUUCAAUGUUUUCCUGUACACGGCGUUGGACUGUAAACUUCGUUAAAUAAUUCAGAAUGGCUGUUUACAUCCAGAUUUUUGGUCAUUCUUUUGUGACAUUUCCAUUUAAAACUAUGGUUGUCGUCAUUGGUCAAAUAUUCUUGUUAUCCUGGAGCUAACGUCGAAACACUACGGAAUAAGUUGUCGGACAUUGAUAAUUUUUCUACAGACGUUAUGGUUCUCAUGAUUAGAACAAACGAUUUCUCUUGAACAGAGGCAGACCUCAACACUGUUUAUUUAUGAAUUGUGGAUCUUGCGGACAGGUUGAUAUUUCUUAAAUACGUCAAAAGAGUGCUAAUCUGCUAUAUUUGCCAAUGUCAACCUUCUGAAACAGGCCGCUACACCUCUUGGUGUAAUCACCGGGUUGAUGACUCAAAUUAUCUGUUAUCAGCAUGGAUUCAAGAACAUCCGCAUACUCAGGUUACUUUUUGACGUAUAAAUGGAAUUUGGUCGCAGUGGCCCAGUCCACUGACUUCUCAGCAGACGGUGUACACCUGUCAGAUGGAGGCCAACGGCAGUUAUAUUCCAACAUCCAUGCUGCAAUGGUUAACACAUUAAACAGAGGACUGCAGAUUUAGAUGAACAAGAUACAUAACUUUUUUACUCAUAGCAUUCUAUGCUUUAGAUUUGAAAAGAGUAUAUCAAUAUUGUUCAGCAGUUAAUGGUUGACUUUUGGCGUAAACUCUCCGGUGUCUACGGUAACUUCUUUGCGCAUGUCCGGUUAGUACGGCAGCUAAAACGAACAACCCGAGACUAUUGUCGGAAGUAAGAUGGCGAACUUCAGAAGUUUUCACAGGCUGUAUUUAAUAUUUAUGGAGAUACUUGAUAGCGAAUAUGAAAACAUGGGAACUAUGAUUAGAAUGCAAUGUUCUAAUGCAGUAAUAGCUAAACUUCUGUUGAAGCGAAGGCACAUUCCAAGAAUUACAGGUAUAUCAGCAUAAGCAUUGAAUGUAUAAUUUUUCGGACAGUCAUAUUUUGGACAGUACAUAGUUUUAUGUUCGUUAGCAACAUGCAUGACUAAGACUCAUAACUUGAUUGUUAGUCAUAUUUUUUAAUAAAUAAUGUAAAAACUGAUUAGGGAUAUUAGCUGUUCAAGCUAAGCGUCAUUUUCAGAAGCAUUAGCAAGUAAUCUGUGUAUGCACUACGCGAGCCUUAAUACUAGCCUCACUGUACCAUUUCUCGACCCAUUUUGCACCAUUUACCAAGUAAAUAAAGACUAUUAAAGUAUUUUCACAUGUUUCACUGACAUUGGCUAGAAGACAGACCCUUUUCAAAGCUGUGUAUUCUUAUUUUGCAUGUUUAUUCCACUUCAUGAAGUUAUACGGCAUUUUUAAAUACAGACAGUAAUGGUAGAUAUUGACGAACUUCAGAGAACCAAUUCUCGACCUUUGACCUUUUAGGCAUCAUGCCACUAAAUCAAAACAAGUUUUGUCAACAGUGUUUUAUUGUUUUCACUUGAAAAGUCCGUGGAUAAAUAUUUAUUCUCAUCAAAACGAAAAGAAAUAAACUAAACAAUUAGCAUAAAAAUCUUGUAUCCAGGUAUGUAAAGCACCUCUACAGAUACCGAUAAUCUAGUGUUAUGUCAACGUUGGUCGAGAGAUGGUACCGUUCGAGAAUUGGUACAGUGAGGCUAUAACCUAUUCGAUUUCAAAAGCUUUGUUUGUUAUUGCCGAUUUUCUCACUUUUUAGCUCACCUGAGCACGAAGUGCUCAAAGUGAGCUUUAGUGAUCACCCUGUGUCCGGCGUCCGUCCGUCCGUCCGUCCGUCCGUCCGUCGUCAACAAUUUGACUGUUAACACUCUAGAGGUCACAUUUUUGACCCAAUCUUAAUGAAACUUGGUCAGAAUGUUACCCUCAAUAAGAUCUUGGAUGAGUUCGAUAUUGGGUCAUCUGGGAUCAAAAACUAGGUCAUCAGGUCAAAUCAAAGGAAAAGCUUGUUAACACUCUAGAGGUCACAUUUUUGGCCCAAUCUCAAUGAAACUUGGUCAGAAUGUUACCCUCAAUAAAAUCUUGGACGAGUUCGAUAUUGGGUCAUCUGGGAUCAAAAACUAGGUCAUCAGGUCAAAUCAAAGGAAAAGCUUGUUAACACUCUAGAGGUCGCAUUUUUGGCCCAAUCUUAAUGAAACUUGGUCAGAAUGUUACCCUCAAUAAAAUCUUGGACGAGUUCGAUAUUGGGUCAUCUGGGGUCAAAAACUAGGUCAUCAGGUCAAAUCAAAGGAAAAGCUUGUUAACACUCUAGAGGUCACAAUUUUGGCCCAAUCUUAAUGAAACUUGGUCAGGAUGUUACCCUCAAUAAAAUCUUGGACGAGUUCGAUAUUGGGUCAUCUGGGGUCAAAAACUAGGUCACCAGGUCAAAUCAAAGAAAAAGCUUGUUUACACUUUAGAGGUCACAUUUUUGGCCCAAUCUUAAUGAAACUUGGUCAGAAUGUUACCCUUAAUAAAAUCUUGGACGAGUUCGAUAUUUGGUUAUCUGGGUUCAUAAACUAGGUCACCAGGUCAAAUCAAAGGAAAAGCUUGUUAACACUGUAGAAGCCGCAUUUAUGACUGUAUCUUCAUGAAACUUGGUCAGUUUGUUAAUAUUGAUGAUCUUAAGGUCCAGUUUGAAUUGCGGUCAUGUAGGAUAAAAAACUAGGUCACCAAGCCAAAUCAAAUGAAAAGCUAGUUUACACUGUAGAGGCCACAUUUAUGACCAUAUCUUAAUGAAACUUGGUCAAAAUGUUAAUCUUGAUGAUCUAUAACUCAAGUUCAAAUCUGGGUUAGGUGGGGUCAAAAACUAGGUCACUAGGUCAUAUCAAAGGAAAAGCUUGUUAGCACUCUAGAGGCCACAUUUAUGACUAUAUCUUCAUGAAACUUAGUCAGAAUGUUAAACUUGAUGAUUUUUAGGGCAAUUUUGAAUCUGGGUCGGGUCAAAAACUAGGUCACCAGGUCAAAUCAAAGGAAAAGCUAAUUAACACUGUAGAGGCCACAUUUAUGACCAUAUCUUAAUGAAACUUGGUCAGAAUGUUAAUCUUGAUGAUCUUUAGGUCAAGUUUAAAUCUGGGUUAGAUGGAGUCAAAAACUAGGUCACUAGGUCAUAUCAAAGGAAAAGCUUGUUAACACUCUAGAGGCCACAUUUAUGACUAUAUCUUCAUGAAACUUAGUCAGAAUGUUAUACUUGAUGGUCUUUAGGUCAAGUUCGAAUCUUGGUCAUGUCGGGUCAAAAACUAGGUCACGGGGGUCAAAUAAAAGGAAUAGCUAGUUAACACUUUAGAGGCCACAUUUAUGACCAUAUCUUAAUGAAACUUGGUCAGAAUGUUAAUCUUGAUGAUCUAUAGGUCAAGUUUAAAUCUGGGUCAGGUGUGUUAAAAAACUAGGUCACUAGGUCAAAUCAAAGGAAAAGCUUGUUAACACUCUAGAGGCCACAUUUAUGACUGUAUCUUCAUGAAACUUAAUCAGAAUGUUAAUCUUGAUAAUCUUUAGGUCAAGUUUAAAUCUGGGUCAUGUGGGGGCAAAAACUAGGUCACCGGGUCAAUCAAAGGAAAAGCUAGUUGACACUUUAGAGGCUACAUAUGACCAUAUCUUAAUGAAACUUGGUCAGAAUGUUGAUCUUGAUGAUCUUUAGGUCAAUAGGUCAGGUGAGCGAUACAGGGCCUUCAUGGCCCUCUUGUUUCAGGCUACCGUAAUGUUGUACACACAAUACCUGCAGACUACUUUCAAUCACACAUGCGUAUCAGCCGGCAUGUUUUCAACGUUCUGCUUGAAUAGGUAUCACCAGAAAUUAUAAGACGAAACAAAGGUGGACCCCUUCCUGUUACCCCUGAUAAACAGCUUAUAGUAUUUCUUUGGUAUCUGUGUAACCAAGCAUCAAUGAGAGAGGUCGCAGAGUUAUUUGGAUUGGCCAUAAGUACAGUCUGGUUCAUAUUCAAGACUGUGGUGAAUGCUGUUGUAUCUUUACAGAAAAGGAUCAUCCGAUGGCCAGAUGAAAAUAGACGUCGAGAUAUUGCUGCAGCUGUUCAACAGGCAUCUGGAUUUCCUGGCGUAGUUGGAUUCUUAGACGGAACACACAUCAGACUGUCUUCAGCAAUAGGAGGGGAUGCAGAUUAUUUCAAUCGAAAGGGUUAUCCAUCUAUUCAGUUACAGCUGACAGUAGACCAUGAUCUUGUAAUAACAAGUGCUUAUACUGGUUGGCCAGGCUGUACCCAUGAUGCUAGGGUUUUGAGAAAUUCGCAGUUAUACCAAAGAGCUGAAAAUGGAGAGCAGUUUUCCAACGGGGAACAUUUGUUCGCAGAUAAUGCGUAUCCUUUAAGGAACUGGUUGAUUUCUCCUUUCAAAAAUUUUGGAAAUUUAGAUGCCCGACAAAGACGUUUCAAUAUGAAGCUUUCUUCUCAGAGACAGUGUGUUGAGCGUGCAAUCGGACAUCUUAAAGGUCGAUUUAGAAGACUUAGAGAAAUCCCACUCCACAACCCUGCACAUAUUUGCAAAGUUAUAAUCGCUGCGUGCAUCUGCCAUAACUUAUGUGUAUUAUGUGAUGAUGACAUCGAAAACUUUAUUGAAAAUGAUGUCCAGGCAGAUCCCAAUAACUAUGGUAAUGUGUAUCAAAAUGGUUACCAUGGAGUAGCACGACGGAUGCAUCUUUUGCAAUUUGUAUAAUAAGAACAAUGGUUGUACUACUUAUAUGCAGAAAUUUAGUGUUUCUUAAAAUAUCAGGAUCAAUGUGAUAUGUUAGAGGGAAAAGAAAUCAAGUCAAAUGAUAUUCAUUGUCUGAAUUUCUGUUAUGUAGUUCACAUACAUCUUUAAAGGUGGUUAAUCAGAUUUUUGUCAAAUAGUGAAUUUGUUCAAAACUUCGAAUAUUUACACUUAUUAAUGGGCUAUGAGUGAUUAAUACAUGUAGAUUUUCACUGAAAGUAUUGCUAAAAUUAGAUUUUCCUAUCAUUAUCCUGGUUGCCGAACCAAAAUAAGAGUAUUAAUUUGAUAAACAUACUUAGCUUGGGAAUUGUAUGAAUUAAAGAACUAUUGUAUUAUAUCUGUUAAAGAUUGACAUUAACAAUUACAUAUUUAGCUAAAAUUCAUUAGAAAUGCAAGUUUGUAAAACUACAAUAAGCUCCUUUUGUCUAUCCUAGUUGCGUAACAGAGAUUGAUUGAAAAUAAAUGAAUUUGGAAGCUACACAGUUUUAAAACUUACCAUCUGGUUUAGGUUGAUGUUACUUCUCAUUGUCUAUCAAAUGCAAAGUAGAAAUUAUAUUGAAAUCAAAAGAAAAACUCCACUUUUACAAUACCUUCAUAGUAAAGAGGGGUAAUUACAAUAUUUUAUAAAAAACAAUAAAAUAUACAUUUCUAUCAGGGAUCUGACACUAUUGAAAGAGUCAUUUUAUUCCUUCCAUUCAUCAUUCAUUUACCAUUUAUUUAUCAUUCUGCAUUUUUCAAUACCGAUAAUCUCAGUUUUAUACAGGAUAUUUAUUUAUUGUAUACUGCAAUAUCUACUGUCAUAAUUAAUACCAUAUCAAAUCCAAAUGGAUUAUUGAAAACUUUUCUAUAUAUUCUAAACUCAUGUAACAUUUAUAAUAUGUUUUGAGUUUUAAUAAAGACAUGUUCUGUUCUGUUCUUAAAUAAAUCUCUGUUAGGAUAUAUGAAAAGUGAUAAAUGUCAUAAAAUUUUGCUUAAAUGUGAUAGACCACCUUUAAAACAUCCUUAGGAACACAAUCUGUAAACUGACUGUUUGUCAUACGAUGUUGAACAAAUUUGGAGUCACAUAAUUAUUCAGAAUUAUUGCAGUAUUAUGCAGUAGUAAAUGAUAUCUAUGUUCAUUGAUUUAAACAAAAUGAUUAAUUAAAAUGAUUUCAAAACCAA